CUGUGGGGCUCCCCCUGUCAGCCCCGGUGUGGCAGGUGCAUACUGCUGUGAAGCCGGGUGCAGCGAGGCUCAGUCCAGCUGUGAGCCCCCAGGUGGCGGAGGCGCCGCCCCCCCCCCAUGUUCCUCCAGGCCCCCGCUUUGAAGAUCUCUGAGUUACGGUAUUUUAUAGUUUGGCACGAGCCUUGCUGCUGCCUGUGGUCACCGCCACCUACUGGCCCUCUGUGGUGAUUGCAGCGAUGAGGUUGUUGUGAGUGUUACAAAUUGCGCAACAACUGUGUUGAUGGCUCCUGGAAGCAAGGGGUGGUGAGAGUGCCCCUCGGCGAGACUCAGGAGUGCGGCUGGAGGAGGAAGGGGGUGUGUGCGGAGAGCCUUCUGCAGGCUCUGGGUUGAUGGCACCGGAGAACACAAUCCCCGUCUCUUGUAUUUGUGGCAUGCCCGAGAAAUCCCGGGGAGUGGGGUUUGCCUAGGGGGCGGGGCGGGGAAGAACGUCGCUGUUUCUUUUUCACGUGAAGGGGUGAAAUCCAGCCAGUCCCUGGUGCAUCAGCAACUGCGAACUAGGAACAGCCUUCGCAGCCCCCCUCCCAAACACUCGCUCCCCUCUCUCGGUCGCCGUCAGAUCAUGAAUUACUAGGGGAAGAUCCGGGAGCCUGGGAGCUCUUGCCUGGACGGGAGCACUGUGUUUCUGCAGAUGCCCGGGAGACGGACGCAUGUGAAGGGGAGCAGUGUCACCUCGGGGAGAAAGUAUUUUAUGAUUUGCUGCACUUCCUGUUAAGCGCAGCCUCUUGUUUUUAGCAGAGCCAGAUUGCCAGGAGCAUUUGCAGCUCCUCCUCCUCGAGGCCGAGUGCUGCCUCCUGGCACUUCCAGUCCCUGAUUAUCCUCAGUCCUGCCUGGGAUUCCGGCUCGCAGCAGGAAAGGGGAACCACACUGCAAUGUUUGUUUGCACCACCGCCUUCUCCAGGCCUGCGUGAAUUGCUCGUCGCUGUGGCCCUGCCUCGCUGCAGAGGCUGCACAGAGGAAGGCGCAUUUCAGGGAGCGCUUGCACCGCCUCCUGCUUGACAGAGGGGGACAGACCUCGUCGCAGGAUCCGGAUUCCAGGGAUUGCAUUUAUUUGCAAACGGUGUCGACCUCAACUUUUGCACCUUCCUCUUUCUCCCCAGGGCACGUGUAAUGGGGGACAUGUCACUUUGCUGUGCAGAGGGGAGGAAACUUUCUCACCCACCAAGAGUCUCCGGAUAUUUUUGAACGGGCGGAAGAGUUAUAAACUGAACAGCAGUUUUAAGGAUGUCUCAUGGUCUUGCUCCUGGAGGAGACGGGGGCCCCUAGCAACUCUCCCAGCCCCCAUUUAAAAAACCGCAGCUGGAAGAAACUCCUCCCUUCUCCUUUGGUUCCCCCACCCCCUUUCUCCCCAGUUCCUGAGGGUUUGAAAACAAGCCCAGACUGGCUGCUGGUGGUGGACAGUGGUGGGAGAGGAGCCAUCCUCUGGAGUCAAGCCUUAUUGAGCGGGAUGGGAAGCACUGCCAUGGACACCAAGAAGAAAGAUGCUUCUAGCAGCGGCAGCAGGAAAGGCUCCAGCCAGAAGAGACGCAUGUUGCGAGUGCACAUCCCAGAUCUUAGCUCAUUUGCCAUGCCAUUCCUGGAUGGAGAUGUGGAGAGCUCAGACAAAAGUGCUUCUCGAAAGGUGGAAGAGAGCUACCAGAUGGGCAGCCCUUCGAAAGGCCUUUUCUCAAAAGGGCUCCAAAAUCGACCUUCCAGCCCCGUUUCUGCCCCUGUGAGAUCUAAACAUAGCCCAGGUUCACCAAAAACAGUGUUCCCCUUCCCAUAUCAGGAGUCUCCCCCACGCUCCCCACGCCGAAUGAGCUUCAGUGGGAUCUUCAGGUCCUCUUCCAAAGAAUCCUCUCCCAGUUCUAACCCGUCUACCUCACCCGGUGGCAUCAAGUUUUUCUCCAGAUCAAGAAAAAAUUGUGUGACUGGGUGUACCAUGCCCUUUGAACCCCUGCUGGAAGCCUCAAGGUCCUACCACACCCUAUCCUAGGAAGGGAAGUGGGUCCUCCAGGCCUGCCUAGAAAGGCUGAAGUGAGCAGCCAAUCAGAGCGCAGUGGAAUCAGUUUAAAAGAGCUGCAGGGCCUGAGCAAGUCAGUUCUGGACUGGGACCAGAGAAGCAAGGAAGGGUGCUCCCUGCUGGUCACUGGAGCUCCAGGAAGAACCAGAAGAGAGUUCUGGUGACAUUGUCACUCAGUGAGAAGGAAGAGGAGUUGAGAACAUCAGCCCUGAGGUAAGAGCUAUGUGGGAAGCAGCCCAGCGAAUGCAGCAGCAACUAUUAAUGGAAGGAGCACAUGGCUGCUGUUUAUAGGGUUGCUGGGUUGGGAUCCAGAGUAGUAGGUGAGCCUGAGUCCCCCCACCAACCACUGGGGAAGUAGCCUAUGUCCCAAGAAGGAGAUAAGGCUCAUUUAGAAGCCCAAGCAAAGGACUGGGAUUUAAAGGGCUCAGGGACAGGGCUGAAGACCCUGAUAAGGGCAGACAGACUGUUGAGUGAACUCCUGGUCACGACCCCCUGGAAGGGGACUGAAGUGGAAUAGUGACCUGGCUGGAGAGAUGGAACACCAGAGAACCACCGAGGACAAAGAGUCUCCAAGGAGAAAGGCCAGGGGCCAGUGCUCCAUAACAGUGAAGGAACAGACUUAAAACUAGCCCAGAAGGGAACGAGGACUGAGCCCAGAGACAGGGCUGCAAAUGCCAGCAAGGACACAGUGAUGGUCUUUGUAGGAUUUUUUUAACUCUGGAAGGGGUUUGUCAAUUUUAGAGUGUGUGUGAUGUAGCUGGAGGGCUGAGUCAUUGAAGACACACCUGAUGAGGGCUACAGCCACCAGGAGUAGAGAUUAAGAGUUCGGGAUUGCAACAACAUGACAGGAGGUGCUCACGAGAGGAGCACAGAUUGGAGUCCA